AUGUUUCAUGCGGCGCCGCCCUCCGUCACGAGAGCGACUGUUUCAUCAUGCGGCGCCGCCCUCCGCCACGAGAGCGACUGUUUCAUGCGGCGCCGCCCUCCACCACGAGAGCGAAUGUUUCAUGCGGCGCCGCCCUCCACCACGAGAGCGACUGUUUCAUGCGGCGCCGCCCUCCGUCACGAGAGCGACUGUUUCAUGCGGCGCUGCCCUCCGUCACGAGAGCGACUGUUUCAUGCGGCGCCGCCCUCCGCCACAAGAGCGACUGUUUCAUGCGGCGCUGCCCUCCGUCACGAGAGCGACUGUUUCAUGCGGCGCCGCCCUCCGCCACGAGAGCGACUGUUUCAUGCGGCGCCGCCCUCCGCCACGAGAGCGACUGUUUCAUGCGGCGCCGCCCUCCGCCACGAGAGCGACUGUUUCAUGCGGCGCCGCCCUCCGUCACGAGAGCGACUGUUUCAUGCGGCGCCGCCCUCCACCACGAGAGCGACUGUUUCAUGCGGCGCCGCCCUCCGCCACGAGAGCGACUGUUUCAUGCGGCGCCGCCCUCCGCCACGAGAGCGACUGUUUCAUGCGGCGCCGCCCUCCGCCACGAGAGCGACUGUUUCAUGCGGCGCCGCCCUCCGCCACGAGAGCGACUGUUUCAUGCGGCGCCGCCCUCCACCACGAGAGCGACUGUUUCAUGCGGCGCCGCCCUCCGCCACGAGAGCGACAGUUUCAUGCGGCGCCGCCCUCCGCCACGAGAGCGACUGUUUCAUGCGGCGCCUCCCUCCGCCACGAGAGCGACUGUUUCAUGCGGCGCCGCCCUCCGCCACGAGAGCGACUGUUUCAUGCGGCGCCGCCCUCCGCCACGAGAGCGACAAAUGA